GCAGACUUUUUUUUUUUUUCUCCGUCCGUUGGCUUUUAUUCUGGAACGUGUCACUUCCUUGUUGUUAUUUGUAUCACUGCUGACAUGUCUAACAAAUGUGUCGUGUUCUGUGUUUUACUCGCAGGAUUUUGCUUCAUUUCAUGGAAACACUCGUUGAUUGGUGUUAAAGAUGCUCUGAAGUUGGCUGGACGCGGGUUCAUAUUCCUGGGCAUCUGCACAUGGCUGAUUUACAUGUUCCCGAGGCUGAAAUAUUUCUUCUUUCCAGUGUGUCAAGAGCUCCCAGACAGCCCCCUGCUUGAAUCCAACAGACAGAAACAAGAGCAAGUUAGACGAGUUCAACAACAUCAACACAAUGACAAGACAUCUGACUAUGCUGAAAGUGUGAUAAAGCCGAGGCAGAAUGUGUUACUCCAGCAGAGAAUGGAACGAUACCAUCGGAUGACGGGAGAGACUUGGAAACUGAGCCAGGGUUUUCCUGUCGGGGGGGAAGAGGACCAGGUGUGUGGUGAUGCUGGUGUAGACGAGAAUCCUAAUCAGGGAGCCAGAAGGAGACGCAAGCUUCUUCAGACUGUUACCCAAGAUCCUGUCCAACAGGAAGUGCCCAAGCAGAAGAAGGUCAUAGUUUUGCCUGAUGAGCCAUCAGCGGAUACUGAGGGGGUUGUAAAAAUAGCUCUAAGAUGUCCAAGUGGAAGAACAAUCUGCAGGAGAUUCCUCAAAACCUGGAGUUCUCUGCUGCUUCUUGACUGGAUGAUGAAGGCAGGAUACCAUCCUGCUCUCUACACGCUGUGUACAUCCUACCCCAGGACAGUGCUGAUCGCCGCUGCAGACGUGAGCCUGGAGGAGGCUGGCAUUCUCACUAACACUGUGCUUAAUGUGGAGGAGAAAGAACCUUCCAUUACCUAAGAGCACUUCUGUUUCUGAAAAGCUUUUAUUGGACUGAAUGGAGCUGGUUAUGGAUAUCAAUGUCAGUGCUGUAAUAUCAUGCACCAAUUAACAGGACUUUAUUCUUUACGUGUGGCAUAAUUGGGAUACAUUUCAGUGCAACUGCUUUUCGUUUGCUGAUCUUAGAUUUUCUAAUCAACCUUUUCAAUUAUUUUGUUAAGUCAGCAUAAAAAUAAAAGCUAGUCCAACCAGUGUUGGGAGUAAUGAGUUA